UAUCGGCAAAUGGGAACACUUGAAACUGCGAUCAAAAUUUUGUGGUUUUGUUUUCAUCGUUAGCUUCGCGCUCGUCCCAUGAGGUGUUCUAAUUUGUUUUCUAGCUUUUAAAUUUACAACAUAAAAUGAAACGAAAAUCUCAGGAAGGCAAUAAACCCGCGUAUGUGAAACGAAAAGUGGAAUUGGUUUUCGAUCCAGAGAAAAGAGCAGAAUUCCUCACAGGAUUUCACAAACGGAAGCAACAGCGCAAAAAGGUUGCUCAAACAAAGGUCCAACGCCAGUUGAAGGAGGAGGCGCGUCGGAUCAGGAACGAGGCAAAAAAUAAUGUGAAAAAAUUAUACCACUCGUACAAGCCCAUUCCAGAAUUGGCAGAACAAGACCAAGAAGAGCAGGAGUAUGAUACUGGUAAUGUGACGGUUAAAGUAGUAGAGUUGUCCACAACUGAACUAGCUAAAGAGAAUAACUGGAUCGGCCAGAAUCACAGUGCUGCUCAGCAAAGUGAGACAGAUGUUUCGGAAGAAUCUUUUGACGAGAAUGAAUUGGAAGCGAUACCUGGUAUGUCACUAACUAAAGAGAAAGUAAAAAAAUCUAAGAACCACGACGAAACAGAACUGGAAGAUACGGUUGAAAAUGAGCCACAACCUGAGAAGAGUUGCGAAAAAGAAAAGCCCAAGCAAAGUGGUCCGAAGUUAAACUUAGAUGGAGUAAGCUCCAAAAAGGAACUCAAUAAAAAACUGAAACGGCAUGCCCUGAAAUCUAUGCAGAAGAGCAAGGCAUUCCAACAAUCCGCUCGAGCUCAGCAGCAGAAGCAGCUGAAAAAGUCCCGCCGUGUGAGGCACUUCAAGGAAAAGCACCUUAAGCGCAAAGGAAAACUGAACGAUGAUAGAAAAGGGGAGAAAAAACAUGGAAGAAGGAAGUAGUUAAAAAUUUUGAUUUCAAAUAUACGCCUAUAAUGAGUAAUGUUGCAAAUCAUACUAUUAUAUUAAACUUGGAGAACUGCCCUG